GACGGGGUGCCUCCGGGACCCUCCUUGGAGCCGGAACGGGACGGGGUGCCUCCGGGUUCACCUCCGGGACCAGGGCGGGACGUCGAGAAGGGCGGCGGCGAUGACGGCGGCCCCCUCUUACAGCCAGUCGACUCCCAUUGAAGAAGGAGGCUGGGGGCUGACCCUCCAAAGUCCACUGGGGCUCGACCCCCACCUCCUCCAGCACCCGGGAGAGAAUCGCUGGUAUCAGAUCGGCAUUGUGUGGUGGCGGCAGGGCUACGACCGCAAUGGAAUCUAUGGCUUCUACACCCACCUGUUCAGGAUGGGCAGGUGGAUCAAGAAAGUGAUCGAGAAAUCUGGGGCAGACGACGAGUAGAACCCAAAAGAAAUCCACCAUUUCUGUCAAACACAACGUUGCCAAUAAAGUUUGUUCUCCCACCA